UAAAAAUGAAAAGCCCAAAGGCAUUAGAACUACAAUAAAUAUUUCGAAACCUCAACUCAUUUUGCACUCUUACUCUCUACCCACCGUGCUGCCUUGCCUCCCAAUCAAAUAUCUACUCAAUCAAUCGCUAGGGUUUGCUUCGCUGUAUCUCAAAUCAAAACCACAACCUUCUUCUUAAGCUUUCUAGUUAAUCAUGUCGUUGAGGCCCAGCGCUAGAACCGAGGUUCGCCGGAACCGUUACAAGGUCGCGGUCGACGCCGAUGAAGGUCGGCGGAGGAGAGAGGACAACAUGGUGGAGAUCCGAAAGAGCAAGCGCGAAGAGAGCUUGCAGAAGAAGCGCCGUGAAGGCCUUCAGGCUCAGCAGUUCCCUCCCACUGUCAUUUCUUCUACCAUGGAAAAGAAGUUAGAAAGUUUGCCUUCAAUGGUCGCUGGCGUUUGGUCUGAUGAUGGCAGCUUGCAGCUGGAAGCCACCACUCAGUUUCGGAAACUGCUUUCAAUUGAACGAAGUCCUCCAAUUGAGGAAGUCAUACAAUCUGGGGUUGUUCCUCGAUUUGUUGAGUUUCUUGUGAGGGAAGAUUUUCCUCAACUCCAGUUUGAGGCUGCUUGGGCCCUCACAAACAUUGCCUCUGGAACUUCAGAGAACACUAGGGUGGUAAUUGAUCAGGGUGCAGUUCCAAUAUUUGUAAAGCUUCUUGCUUCUCCCAGUGAUGAUGUUCGAGAGCAGGCUGUGUGGGCAUUGGGAAAUAUUGCUGGUGACUCCCCAAAAUGUCGUGAUCUUGUUCUCAGCCAUGGAGCACUACUUCCCCUGUUGGCUCAGCUGAAUGAGCACGCAAAGCUCUCAAUGCUGAGGAACGCAACCUGGACACUAUCAAACUUCUGCAGGGGCAAGCCACAGCCUCCAUUUGAACAGGUGAGACCAGCACUUCCAGCACUUGAACGUCUUGUACAUUCAACUGAUGAAGAAGUUUUAACUGAUGCCUGUUGGGCACAAUCAUAUCUUUCUGACGGUACAAAUGACAAAAUCCAAGCUGUGAUUGAGGCAGGUGUCUGUCCCCGACUUAUUGAGCUCCUCCUCCAUCCAUCUCCAUCAGUUCUUGUUCCUGCCCUUCGUACUGUUGGAAAUAUUGUGACUGGGGAUGACAUCCAGACACAGUGUGUAAUAAACAAUGGUGCACUGCCAUAUCUUCUAAGCCUGUUGACUCAUAAUCAUAAAAAGAGCAUUAAGAAAGAAGCUUGCUGGACCAUCUCAAAUAUUACAGCUGGAAACAACCAACAAAUUCAGGCUGUAAUUGAUGCUGGCUUAAUCGGCCCCCUGGUUAACUUGCUUCAAAAUGCUGAGUUUGACAUAAAGAAAGAAGCUGCAUGGGCAAUUUCAAAUGCUACUUCUGGUGGUACUCAAGACCAACUCAAGUACUUGGUGAGUCAAGGGUGCAUAAAACCUUUAUGUGAUCUCCUUGUCUGUCCUGAUCCAAGGAUUGUCACUGUAUGUCUCGAAGGGUUAGAGAACAUUCUGAAGGUUGGAGAAGCUGAAAAGAAUUUGGGAAGCAGUGGAGAUUAUAAUAUGUAUGCCCAGAUGAUAGAUGAUGCUGAGGGUUUAGAAAAGAUUGAAAAUCUACAGAGUCAUGACAAUAAUGAGAUUUAUGAGAAGGCAGUGAAGGUUCUUGAGACAUAUUGGUUAGAGGAAGAUGAUGAGUCUUUACCUCCAGGUGAUGGUUCCCAGCAAGGCUUUCAGUUUGGUGGAAAUGAUCCCUCUGCUCCAUCUGGUGGAUUCAACUUUAGCUAAAGGUGGGAAAUGUUGGAUAAAGUUCAGUCUGAGUCUCCGUCACAACACCUUGUGUUAAUUUACAGUUUGGUGUCAUAUAUGCAUUGUUGUUAAAGUGGUGCAUUAUUCUAUGUCCAUGGCUCGCCUAUUGUUGUUGAAGUGGACACACCUAGACCAAAAAUACUAUAGGAUGGUGUGCUGUGAAAGGUAGUCAGAGAGAGUUACUGUUCGCAUGAGCAUGGCCUCCUCACAUGAACCACUGAAUGCGUAUGCUGCUGUUCCAGUGGAGGUGUAGUAGUAUGCAGCAUUGGUCCUUAUUUUUGCAGUAUUGGUUGUACUAGUAAUUUGCACACCGGAGAUGCUCAUUUUAUCUUCGAUUGCGUGAAUACGUUACUUUGUAAACCUUAUAUUCUCGAUUUAUUUCAAGGGAAAACAAUUUGAUUUAGUCGU